GGCUCUGCUGGUGCUGUUUGAGCGGAGCGGGGCUGCAGAGUGGGCUCCCUGACUGAGGGCUAUCAGCUCGGUCUGUGGAGGAUAGCGGCUCGAUCACUCCUCUGUUUUUCACUCUUUUCAGUCCGUAUGCAGUUUGUGUGGUGGUAAAGAUGAAGACUGAAGCCUUCAAGCACGACUUCAACCCUGGAGACAUCGUGUUCGCUAAGAUGAAGGGUUACCCCUUCUGGCCCGCGCGGGUCGCUGAGGGAAAAGCUCCUAAAAACAAGAUCCCCAUCUUCUUCUAUGGGACGCACCAGACAACGACGUUGAUCCCCAAAGACAUCGCCCACUACUGGCCCAACAAGGACAAGUACGGCAAAGACAUCAAGCGAGGGGGCUUCGAUAAGGCCAUGUGGGAGAUCGAGAACGACCCUGGGGUCGGCCUCAAAGGUCAAAAGAAAGCAGCUCUGGUGAAGAAGGUACAGGAGAGCCGGCUGGCGCCGAAAAAACAAAAACCAACAGAAGAAACCAAAACACAGAAGAAGAGCGACGUGGCGUCUCCAAAGGCCUUCACAGCUCCAUCUAAACCCCCCACACCGAGCAAGAAAGACACGCCGGGGAAAACGAGCACAACUCCAAAGAAAAAGGAGCCGUCUGACGCUCCGGCCAGGAAAAGACUGUCUGUGGGAGCCGCGGUCGAAGCUAAGAAGGCAGCCAAAACUGUUAAAACCUCCAGAAGGGCGAACGUUUCUACAGCUCGUUCAUCCAAGAAGGUGAGCACUGCGAAAAAAAUCAUCCGGAACAAAAAAGUUAUCCUGGCCAAGAAGGCCAUCCUCACGAAGAAGGUCAGCGCAGCGAAGAAGGUCAGCGCGGCGAAGAAGAGCACUACCAAAAACAAAAUCCUUUCAGAUGCAAACAAAAUGAAAGCUGGAAGAAGAAAGACUCUUGGAAAUAAGCUGAAAGUGAAACUUCCACUUUUUACAGUGAAGAAGUCAGUAAAAGUUCUGAAGCCCAGAGACUCUGCAGAUCGACCGGUCGCUGAGGCUCCGACGAAAGCGGCCAGUCAGAAACGGAAGCUGGAAGAAGCUUCUGAUCUGAAGGAAAACGUUCCAGCUCCCACGGUCGCUUCUUCGGACCCAGCAGCCUCGAAAAAAACCCAAGAAGAGAAGACUGAAGGAACGAGGAAGAGAAGAGGAGAAAAGACAGAGGCAGAUGAAGGAGGACGGAUGGAAGAGCUUGUGUCCAAGUCACAAGUGAAGGAAAAACCGACCUCUUCGCAAGUAGAAAAGAAUGGGGGAAGAAAGAGGAGAAGAGAAGGGAGAGGAGAAGGAGGUGAGCGCAAGCGGCUGAGGAGCGAUCCACAGAGAAGUGAGAGGGAGAAGAAAAAGAGGGAAGCAGACGAAAAGGAAAAAGAUCGACGGAAGAAAGAGGAGGAGAAAAAGAGGGAAGCAGAAGAAAAGAAAGAGGUAGAGAAGAAGAUGCUGGAGGAGGAGCGGAAAAGCAAAGCACGAAAAAAGAAAGAGGAAGAAGAGGAGAAAAAGAGGGAAGCGGAAGAGAAGGAAAAGAAGGAGAUGGAGGAGAAGAUGAUGGAGGAGGAGGAGCAGAGGAAGAAAGAGCAACAGAAGAAAAAAGAGGAGGAGGAAAAGAGGCAAGCAGAAGAACAGGAAAAGAUGCUGGAGGAGGAGAAGAAAAGGAAGGAGCAGCAGAAGAAAGAAGAGGAGAAAAAGAGGGAUGCAGAAGAACAAGGAAAGAAAGCGGUGCAGAGAAAGAAGAUACUGGAGGAGGAGGAGGAGGAGCAGAAAAAGAAAGAGCGACAGAAGAAAGAAGAGGUGCAGAAAACUAAGGAACAGGUGGAUGAAGUGAAGGAGGCAGAGGGGCAGAGACAGAAGAGGAAAGCAGCGAAGGAGACGGAGAAAGAAGAGGAACAGAGGAAGAAGAAGAAGAAGAGAGAAGAAGAAACUGUGCAGAAAAAGAAGGAAGAGGCAGACAGACUGGAGGGAAAGGGACAGAAGAGGAAAGAACAGGUGAAAGAAGAGGUACAGAAAAAGAAAGAAAAGGUGGCUACACCUAAGGAGAAGGAGGAGAAGAGACCAGAGACGGAGGAAAAGGGAUGGAAGAGGAAAGGAGAGCAGGAGGAAGAGGAACAGAAGAAGAAGAAAAAGCAAGAGAAAGAGACGGUGCAGAAAAGGGCAGCAGAGAAAGAAGAGUCUGCAGGAGAGAAAGAUUCAGAGGACCAGAAGAAAGAGCAGAGGAGUAAGGUCUUGGCUGAGCGGAGGCUGAGUGUGCUGAAGUCUCUGCAGGGACUGGUCACCUCCACCAGAGGAAAGCGGGAGAUGCAGAAAAACGACAAAGCUGCUGACAAAACAGCAGAUAAAACCACAGCGAAGAGCAGGACGGUGAACGAGGAGUCCAAACCCGCCACUCCAAAGCGCCCUGAGAGGAACCGCUCGGCGAAGGACGACAGCAGAGCGACGGUUAAAGCAGGAGAGGAGGGGAGAGGAGAGACGAGCGAGAAGACGGCCGCAGAGCGGAGUGAAGAGACGCCACAGAGGGAGGAGAGCAGGACAGCAGAGCCGAGCAAGAAGAAGAGUGAGGAGGAGAGAGUGGACAUUCGGAGAGAUCCUGCUCUGUCAGUCACCGACUCUCUGCUUUACAGACUGCAUGGUGAUAUUAGGAUCUCCAUGACCCUCGAUAAUCCUGAUGUGAGUAAGUGUUUGCUGGCGCUGGAUGAGUUGAGCACAGUGUCCGUCUCCUCUCGUCACAUACAGAACCACAGUGAACUCAUCGACACGCUCAGAAAGAUGCGCUGGUUCCGAGGCAGUGAAGCCAUCAUGUUUAAGGCCUCUAUGCUGUAUUACCGCUUCAAAAACAUCUACCUCAUCGGAGACUCUGACGAAACGCUCAGUCAGGAGUACAUAAACACACUGCAGGAGGACAAGGAGAGGGAGGAGAGAGAGAGAACAGAGGAGGAAACCUCGUCACCUGCCUCUCAGCGUGCUGCAGGUUCUGCAGCUGAGGGGGCCGAUGCAGAGACGCUGUCCACCCAAGUACAAAGCAGCAAUCUGAUACAGCACAGUGACGGUGCAGUGGAGAGGAGCUGACGAACACCACUGGAGUUUUAACGUUUCCUGGGUUUUUUUUUUCUUUUCUUUCUUUUCUUUUUUUUAAACAUCUUUCCGGAUGUGCUCAGUUAGACGGGCGCUGCAGGACUCUGGAUGCAUUCAGAAAACACUCAUCACCCUCAGUGUCUGUCUCUCUCUCUCUCUCUCUCUCUCCUCUCUCUCUCUCUCUCUCUCUCUCUCUCUCUCUCUCUCUCUCUGUCUCUUUUUUUUUUCUUUGUCUCCCACUCAUUCGCACAAUCUGCCUUCACUUUUAACAGAUCUGUGGCCUUUUAUGGUGCCUGGCAGUAAAAUAUCUUGAGGUAAGAGCAGGAGACUCAUCCUGGGUCAGCCUGACAGCAUUAAAAGCAUUAAAGGGGAAUUCCACCAAAUUUUCAAAAUUACAGUAUACUUUGCUCAUUGAAGAUUAACCAGUCAUAUGGAGUGGAAAAAAGAUCCUGAAACUGCAGCCUUGAUUUUAUUACUAUGUUAACAGUCAGAACUGUGAUCAGAGGUCAGUGUGUGACACACAGACGUUUUUGUUUCUGAUCUAGACAACCAGUGUCGCUAUGCCUUACAUACAGUUGUUGCAUCACCAAAAUUGUGUUAAACCUGCACCUAGAUGAUCAUAGUUUAUACAAAAAAAGGAAAAACUUAAUAAAUAAGGAGAAUCUGAGGCAUCAGGCACUGAAUUCAUGACGUUUCAUGUAGUAACUUUCUGUGAGGGAGCUUUUAGAGGUGGACGUCUGGUUCCUAUCACCACCACUGUGAACAGUUCUGACUGGGCAAGUUUCACAAACCACUCUGAAUGACUCUGCUUGUUUCGCAACGAGCACAGUAUGCUUAAAGUUUGAAAGUUUGGUGGAGACUUGUGUGCAUCACUGCCACUGCGGCCACUUUGCGAAGCUAAAAUCUGAAAAACUCUAUAAUCUGGAUGGUUUAGAGGGAGAAGCUUGAAAGAGCUAAAAAGUCAAGCGUUUUUCUCUUGGAAGGUUUUCACACAACAGCUGUAGGUCUUUUUACAUUUCAUAUGAAGCAUUAAGGUGUUUGGUUCUAGGUAGAACGGGCUGUGCAUUUCAGAUGUAUGUACUGUACAACAUGAAUAUCAGACUUAUUUAUUUAUUAAGGUUUUUUAUACACUAUAAAGUCAGCAGUGUUAAAUUCACUACUCCGCUCUGGUUAUUUUGCUGGGUAUCUCCACGGACGGAUCCCGGAACCUAGUACUUAGAACCUUCACAGGUUCUGUAAUGGUACUGAUGCAGUAGCAGGCUUCCAGCCCAAAAUAACAUUCGCUUCUGGGUGCUCUGACUGUGGACUCUAGCUGUUACAGAGCGCUGUGUAACUCGCCCACCGUGUUUAUCUUCUACCACAGCUGCGUAACACCCUGCACGUUUCAGCAUUAAGUAUUCAUGAAUGCUUGUUUUGCACACACGUCGCCUCUCCUUAAUACACGUGUAAUAAAGCGUGUAAUCAAGUGUUUCUGCAGGAAAACAAGUGCUGGUUUAAAACUAUAUCAAAGCCAGAUUAAGUCUGUAUUAAAUCCACCUUCUUACAGUGUUUACCUGUAGACUGAGACUGAGCGAAAGGGAGCUGACGUAGUUUGUGCAAACAGCCUCUGACUGUCUUUAUCAGCCUAAUCUCGCUCUUUAUUACAGUAAUCCCAAUUAACAAUAACACUCUGUAAUAAUAACUCAAUGGUAUAUUGUUAAUUGCAUUAAAGUGAUGGAUGUUAUGUUACUGCUACUGGAUGCACGCACAUGUCUGAGUGCUAAAUUUGCAAACACACAGCAUUACAGAUUCCUAACUACACAUCUCAUAAGCUUGCUGUCCUGCUGUCUGUUCUGUUUUGAUAUUUAAAGUCUGUGUGUAGGUAUACGGGGGGGUCUGCUGAACUUUAGACCCCGUUCUCAGUCCAUGCUCACUCCUACAAUACUUUAUACCGUCAUUAUAAAACUUUUUUUCUUCUUUUGUCUCUUUGUUUUUAAUGGAUUUUAACAAGACUGUUGUGUAAAUAGUUCUCUGGUAUGGACAGUUCUUGUGUAAAGCCGUGCUUUUGCUGCUUAUUGUGAUUAAAAGUGUGCUAUUUCUGUACCG